CCGAUAUUUUAAUGGCGAACACUCGUGUGACUGGCGGCGGAAUUUAUUUAAUAAAAAUAAGUAGGUUUGAACCUCGGCAGUCGGAUGAAGCACAUAGUUUUAGACAUCGGCAUGGAUUACAGUCGGAUGAUGUAGACAGUGUUAGACCUCAGCAUGAAUUACAGUCGGAUGAAGUACCAGAUAGUUUUAGACAUCGGCAUGAAUUUCAGUCGGGUGAUGUAGACAAUGUUAGAUCUCAGUAUGAAUUACAGUCGGAUGAAGUAGAUCCAAAUAAACCAGAUUAUACCAAAUCGUCGGCAGAUGAUAAUGACACACAAUGUGGAUUUUUAUCACACAGAAAAGCAUUUAGUAUUGGAAUUCUGCUGACGAUUAUUGUUAUUGGGACGAUUAUUGGUAUUGUCUUUGGUGUUACAAAUGCUGAUAAAAAAGAUAUCGGCGACUGCAGCUCAAUUCAGUGUGGUAAUGGAACAUGUAUUGAUGGCGUUAAUGAUUAUAGAUGUUUGUGCGAUCCUGGGUUCAAAGGAACCAACUGCGAAUUCAAUAUUGAUGAGUGCAGUUCAAGUCCAUGUGGUAAUGGGACAUGCAAUGAUGGCAUAAGUAAUUACAUAUGUACAUGCGAUGGGGGUUUCCAUUUGAGGACAUAUUUUCUUAAAGAUAUUGAUGAGUGCAGUUCAAGUCCAUGCGGUAAUGGAACAUGCAUUGAUGGCAUAAAUAGAUACAGAUGUUCAUGUGAUAACGGGUUUAAUGGAACAAACUGCGAACACAAUAUGGAUGAGUGCAUCUCAAGUCCUUGUAUAAAAGGAAUAUGCAUUGAUGAUAUCAAUAAGUACAGAUGCUCAUGCGAUGAUGGAUUCAAUGGAAUUAACUGUGAGCACAAUAUUGAUGAGUGCAGUUCAAGUCCAUGUGGUAAUGGAACAUGCAUUGAUGCCAUAAGUAAUUAUAGCUGCUCAUGUGAUAAAGGGUUCAAUGGAACAAACUGCGAACACAAUAUUGAUGAGUGCAGUUCAAGUCUUUGUGGUAAUGGAACAUGCAUUGAUGGCAUAAACAGUUACAGAUGCUCGUGCGAUGAUGGAUUUAAAGGUCUAAACUGCGAAUACAAUAUUGAUGAGUGCAGUUCAAGCCCAUGUGAACAUGGAUCAUGUUUUGAUGGCAUUAAUAAUUACAGAUGUUCAUGUAAUGAUGGAUUCAAUGGAACAAACUGUGAGCACAAUAUUGAUGAGUGCAUCUCAAGUCCAUGUGGAAACGGGACAUGUAUUGAUGGUAUCAAUGAUUACAGAUGCUCAUGCGAUGAUGGAUUUACCGGAACCAACUGUGACUACAUGUUAUCUGAUUGUUUAAACAUUUUGCGUUACGACGGAAACAGUACUGAUGGUGUUUAUACAAUCAGAACAGGGAACGGUCAUCAACAUUUUGAUGUGUACUGUGACAUGUCCACUGAUGGUGGGGGAUGGACGGUAUUUCAGCACCGCUUUGACGGGACAGUAGAUUUUUACAGAAACUUUACGGAAUAUGAGACAGGAUUUGGACAUCUUACCACAGAAUUUUGGUUGGUGAUUGUGCCAUACAGAUCCGCCUCUGACAGGGAUCGAACUUUUGACCUCCCUAUUAAGGGGCAAGUGCAUUAUUCAUUAGGCCAUCGCAUUAUUGUGGGUCUUUGCUGAAAUGUUAUCAUGUAAGGUAAUAGAUAUUUUGAAAAUAAUUCCUACAGGUAUAGUGCAUUUCAAUUGACCUGGCGGGGCGUGGUUUCGCGACGGACCACUGUAUUAUUGUGCAGGAUAUGUAGUUUGUUUUUAUUUUGUUUUUGUGUGUGUUUCUUUUUUCUGUCUUUCUGUUCUUUCUGGUUCUUUUUUUAAUUUCAUAUUUUAUGUUCAUUUAAUGAUCACAGAUAAUUAAUACUACGUAAUAAUAUUCAAUUAAAAAUCUUCUGUCUCACUAGCAGUAUCAGUUGCUUCACUGUCAGAGUCGUUGUCACUUGAAUCAGUCAAGUCUAUCACUAAGCGAUCAAUAGCAGAGUCUACUACAAUAUCCCGGCGCCUGUAGUCGUUCUCGUAUUUCUGGGCAUGCGCACAAGCGUUUCUUCACUGCAACCCGCCAAUCUCGUUCAAGGAGGCAUGUGUCAAUUUCAACACGUGAUCGUGUCUGUGGGUCACGUUGCGCUGUUGGACAGCCCUUUUCAAUUGACUCCAGAUUAACUCGAUUGCAUUUAGGUCCGGAUGGUAAGGAGGAAGUCCAAGCACUUCGUGUCCACUUGCCUGUACUACGUUUUCAAGGACGUAUGAAGUCUCGGGCUUCUUCUGUCUCACUAGUUGCAAAAGCUGGGGACGGAGAAGCUUCGGAUCAAACGUGAUGCCGUGAUCACUCAGCCAUUUCUAAAACAAAUAAAUACAAUUGAUUGCAAUAAAUCAGGAAUAUUACUUAUCAUCAUCAUCAUCAUCAUCAUCAUUAUUAUAAUUAUUAUUAUUAUUGUUUUUUAGUGGCAUUAAUCAUAUUCAUUGUUACAAGUAAAACAGUUUAUAAUUUGCGUACCUUGAUGUCGGCCUUUCUGGUGGACGAUGUAGGGCAUUUAUCACUCUUCAUAGAAUGAUAAGACGCAUUGUCGAGUAGUAUGGCAGACUUCUGAUGCAGGCUCGGAAGAAGCCUUUCCGUCUUCCACUUCAGGAACUACUCCCCGUUCAUCUCGUGAUGAUAGUCAAAACACUGUCAGUAUCUCGACUUUGCCAGCAGUAGUUGGCGGUGUAACCUGUGUCGACCAAGGUUUCGUCGACAAAAACAAACUGAAAUCCCUCCCUCUGCAGCCUGUCCUUCCGUUCAUAGAAGUGUAAUCUUUGCUCCAAAACCGACUGUUUUUCCACCAAGACCUUUCUUUGGCUUUUUGUCUUUAUCCAGAUGAAACCAAGUUGGUGCAAGGUCUGAUGUAGGUGAGAACGGCUCAAGGAUAUGCCAGAUCUUCACGAAGAGCACCAAGAAGGUUCUUUAGUGUGGGAAGCUGGCGAAGAACGGUGUAAAAUUCGAAAAUCUUGUUCCGUAUUGCCGUCUCAUCAACAUUGUCUAUGCAUUUGUACCUGUGCUUCUUGGUUACUGCUGCUGGACGGUUAUUAUUUUCUUUCUCCUUGACAACACGCUGCACGGUUCUUUCACUGACGCCAGUAGCUAUGGACGUUCUUAGAGUGCAUGCACCUGGUGGUAACUUGGAAGGCUGCUUAGAUUCUUUCUUAAAGAAGCUGAAUACUUUUGAAAUUAUGCUUCUACGUUGGUCAUUUAUUUUUGCCAUUUUACGAGUGUAAAGAAAACCAGUAAUUUACAUUUAAUGUAACAUGAAACACUGUGCACGUAAUGCACGUGCAUCAUACUACGCUGAUUUCUUAUUCAGAGCUCCUCUAUCUUACAUUGUAAUCAAUGUAGCUUUGAAUUUCUGUCGUUGGUUACCGAAGGAUUACGGAAUUAAACAGUUAUAUUGCUCUAUCUAUUUUGCUCAUUUUUGAGGUUACCCUUAUUUGCAUAAGUCAGACUCUUGUUUGCAUAACUCCGACCCGCCAGGUCAAAUGAAACGCACUAUAAUUGUUAUCAUAAUUGAAUUACAGGUAAUGCAAUCAAUUCUGAUUUAUAAACUUUGUUAAAUGAUCUAUAUCGACGUCUUAACAAGAACACGUUUACAUACUGCAUUUGUAUCGCUACUGAUCAUGCUGAUAGUUUUCUAGUUGUACACAUUUUUUUGUAGUUUAAUUCUGUUUGAAGACUCAGUUAGAGCGAGGUGUUAUUAUUUUGCUUUCUUGCAUUCUUUACGGCUCAAGCAUUUUCUUAUAGCUUUAACUGCAAAAACUUCAUUUAUUAAAAUGCAAACUAUGGCCCUGGAGAAUUUACCUCUGCAGCAUUGUCAGUCGAUUUUUACCUGCAAAAUGUGGUUUACACCUUCAUAAGUCCUAUCGGUUAUUUAUUGAAAUGAUAAUUUCAUACAAAAACAGAAUAAUGCUUAUGAAUUUUACUGUACUGUCACAUUUACUUCUAAAUAAAUUACCACAUGAGUUAUUCAGUCGAGUAGAUAUUCGACACAAUUGUUUUCUGUCAAUUUAUGUUCUGAAAAAAAGCAAAACAAAUCUGUAUUGGAUGUUCAAAUCUUACAUUAUUGAAGUUGCCUGCGCCAGUGAUUUUAAUUCCUGUCGCAAUGACAUUGAUUUUAAUAGAUGCCAUUUUGUUGUAUCCAGCAACAGUAAUUAUUCCUAG